AGUUGAUUGCACAUGGAACUGUUAAAUAAUUAUAAGUAGCCUGUUGUAGUGAAAAGCAUUGCUAUGUCGACGUACAACCAGCCGACUGCCAAAAGGCAGAAAGUGCGAGAGCCCAGAGCAGACAAUGUUGAUUACUUUCAAGGCAUAGAGAAGAUCUCGUACAACAACAUGGCGGCUGCGUCAGAGAGCGGCUGCUACCGCUACUACAGCAGCGGCGAGCGCGUGCACUCGCGCGCCAUGGACGACUGGCUCAAGUGCAGCCUGCCGCUCGCUCACUGCACCCGAACUGGAUCAGACACAUGCGGUCGUCCAACGCACUCCCGACCCUGGGACGACGGCACAGACACCCUGGACAAUCACAAACGUCACAUCAAAGCCCUAUUCGAACUCUGCAGCAAACUGGGAGUUAAAUUCUGGACCGCUUUCGAUACGGACUUGGUUCCUUAUACGGAGAACUGGGAAGAGAGUAAGGCUCAUUGGGACGAUGUGACGGAGUAUAUACAGGAGUUGAUGCAGAGGUACCAUGUCAAGUUGAUGUGGUUGGCGCCUGAUCUUCAUUCUCAUGCCAGAUAUGUAUCAGGUGCCUUCACAAGCAACGACGCAGCCACAUUUGCACAGGCCGCCACACAGAUCAAACGGUGCCUAGAAGUUUCACAGCGCUUGAACGCAGAAUGUUUCCUAAUAUGGCCCUACAGAGAAGGAUACCACACUCCCUUCCAAACAGACGUCGCAAGAGAAAUAAAACUAUUCGCGAAACUACUAAAACUUACCGCAGAGUACAAAGAUAGGCUGAAUUAUAGAUGCCAGCUACUAAUAAUGCCGUAUUAUAAUAACUACCAUAGUAGGAACUUUUAUGGAGGCUGGCAACACCAUCAUUGGCGGGAAAGACAUUUGGUUCAUACGUAUAUGUGGGAUGUUACGAGUUGUCUGUAUUUGCUGAAGCAUUAUAAUUUGGAUAGAUAUUAUAAAGUCUCUGUGGCUCCUGGACAUCAUAUGUAUAUGGCUAACGUCUACAACAUGUUGGGAGCAGUGACAGUUACAAGCGAUUUCGACCACUAUGAUAGUAAGACCCUCACGCUGAUGAUGAAGUGUAUCGUGGAUCAGGGUACAGCGCCACCUGGUGGCAUAAACCUGAAACUGUCACCACGUCGAGACAGCGAUGUGCGCGAGCUCACCACUACAUACGUCAAGUAUAUCGACGCGCUCGCUAAGGCACUACGAGUGGCUUGCACUCUUAUAGCUGAGCAGAUCUUGUCCAAACAUUUGCAGCAACGCUACGCUUCAUACUACAGCGGGUUUGGUUCUCGAAUCAUAAGCAGCGACAUCUCGAUGGAGGAAUGUGAAGAAUACUAUAAAAAAAACCAACCCCACGGCGACGUUCCAUCUUCGAAGUACGAGCACCUCGACAUUGUGUUCCAGAGACACCUAGACGCCUGCGACCAUAUAUGAUACGAUAUUUAUAACGACUUAUAUACCAUGUGUGUCUGUUGUAUUGUCUACUUUAUAGUGUACGAAAUAAAGUUCAAAAUGCUGUGUACUGUGGGAAGUAUUUGUGUUUUAGUUAUAUGGCUGAUAUUUUGUAAAAUAUAGUCAGUUAUUGAGGUGGUAAUAUUGAGACUUGAAUAGGUAACU